AUGUCUCGAAAACGUGAACAUGCAGUGGAUUGUGAAAUGGCCAAACGCGGAGUAUGGCUCGUAAAAGUGCCCCGGUACUUAUCCGAUCUUUGGGAGACAAAUGCUGGUACUGAUAUUGGACGACUAGUGAUACAUCAGGGUGCAAACGGAAAAGGAGAUCCUUUUGUCUGGACUUUCAUCGGCAUUAUGCGCCCCGAGGGAGGAGGGGUCAGGGUUACGGUGACUCGAAGUUUCGCACACAAAAUUAAGAAGAGGAGAGAAUAUCGCUUUUCGAUUCCUUUCCAAAGUAGGAAAGUGGUUAUAUCAAUGCGCUCCCUUCAAUUCGUUUUUCUCCUCGAUAGCGUGCUUGCAGUGAAGCUAAAAUCACGUCCUGGUCUUGUAUUACCACAAUCGGUAUCAUCUACCGUUAAAGGCCCUGCGCAGAUUCCUGAUGAACAUUCCUUCAUUCUCGGUGAUGUUCUAAAUCAGACGAUGGCAGUUCUGGCAGAAGACAAGACUGGUCUCAACGAAGAAGCAGAAAUCAAGUCGGGUCGGUUAUCACUCGAAGGGAGGGUUGUAAAACGUGCUGAAUGUCGACCACCUGCCUCAAAUAGUUAUUUAAAGAUGAAGAUUGCUCAAAUCUCUAACAGUGGACAACCCAAAAAGCAGGUUUUGCAGAUGGAAAAGGCAGCUGUUAAGUUUAAACCUGUUGCUGCACAUGCUGAAGACAUGAUGCGUAUCAAACAGAAAAAAGAAGGUGCCAAGACAGUGAGAGCUGACCGUAACGUACUAAUGCAAGCGCUGUUCCAUGCAUUCGAAAAGCAUCAAUACUACAGAUUACAAGAUUUACAGCAGUUGACACAGCAGCCUGCUGGGUACGUAAAAGAAUUGUUGACUGAAAUAGCUGUGUAUAACACUGCACCACCUCAUAAAAGCAUGUGGGAGCUGAAGCCAGAAUAUCGAGAUUAUGCUGUACAGAAGUAA